UAUAAGCUCCCUUAAAGCUCUUUAAGUCCCUCAGUUUUACCUCAGACUCAGAGCAAAAAUGAGCCACGGAGACCGUUACACCUCGUCAUCCUACCGGAAGAUUUUCGGGGACUCUCCUAGGUUUUCUGCCUCCUCCUCCCGCAUGGGCAGCGCCUCCACCCGGAGCUCCCCGGGGCUCAGGCCCAUGGCCCGCACCAGCUCGGCCCCCAUGAACGUGUACAGACGGAUCGGCCGGUCCUCCACCUCUUUCUCUUCGAUGCCCGGCGACUUCCUUGACUUGAACCAGACCUCCAUAGUCAACAGUGAAUUAAAAGUCAUCAGAACUAACGAGAAGGAGCAGCUGCAGGGUCUGAAUGACCGCUUCGCCAUGUUCAUCGAUAAAGUGCGGCACCUGGAGCAGCAGAAUAAAGUGCUGGAGACGGAGCUGGUGACGCUGCGGCAGAAGCAGACCGAGCCAUCCCGCGUCGCUCAUGUCUACCAGCAGGAGAUGAGGGACCUGCGAUCCCAGUUGGAGGAGCUGAGCAGGGACAAGAACCGCAUCCUGAUCGAGAAGAACAACAUGGAGGAUGAGCUGCAGAAGCUCAGUGUGAAGUAUGAUGAGGAGAGGAGGGCGCGGGAGGAAGCCGAGCAAACCUUGAGGUCCUUCAGGAAGGACGUGGAUGACGCCACAGCUGUUCGCCUGGACCUGGAGCGCCGCUUGGAGUCGCUGAUGGACGAAAUCUCCUUCCUGAGGAAAGUGCACGAUGAGGAGAUGCAGGAGCUGAGCAGCAUGAUGGAGGCGCAGCAGGUCUCCGUGGAGCUCGAGCUCGCCAAACCGGACCUCACCUCGGCCCUCAAGGAGAUCCGCAGCCAGUACGAGUCCAUCGCCUCCAAAAAUCUGCAGUCCGCCGAGGAUUGGUACAAGAGCAAGUUUGCCAGCCUCAGCGAGCAGGCCAGCAGGAGCAGCGAGGCAAUGAGGGCCAGCAGGGAGGAGAUCAAUGAGUUCAGGAGGCAGCUGCAGUCCAGGACCAUUGAGAUCGAGAGCCUGAGAGGCGCCAAUGAGUCUCUGGAGAGGCAGAUCACAGAGAUGGAGGAUUCACACAACGCAGAAGUCACAGCCAUGCAGGACACUAUUGGCCACCUGGAUAUUGAGCUGAGGAACCUGAAGGGUGAGAUGGCCCAGCACCUGAGAGAGUAUCAGGACCUGCUCAACGUCAAGAUGGCCCUGGACAUAGAGAUAGCUGCCUACAGGAAACUGCUGGAGGGGGAAGAGACACACUUUAACUCAGGGAUGUCGUUUGGUGCUGCCAGCUACAGCUACCAGCCUCGAGCCUCAGCCGGCUCCUCCAAGAGCAGCCAGAGGGAGAAAGAAGGGGCCACGAAGGAAAGCUUCAAGGAGAGCAGUGAGGAUAAAGAUGAGGCAGACAUCAACUCCAACUGACGAAAGACAGACAGGGAAAUCUGGAGAUAUACCAUAUAUGUAUAGUGAGUUCAUAGUCACAUACUGUAUUUAUUAGGGGCAACACUAAGAAAUGUUUUGGAAUCAGAGCAGAAAGUCAGUAUCUUAAGAAAUACAAAAUUAGAUUUUUUUAGUUGGGCAUAGGACUCUGAAACUAUCAAAUUUUAUCCAAAUAAAAGCAGAGGUAAACAAAGGAAACUAACCUGAAAAUCUUGGCCAUGUGUACUUUACGUCCCCAGAGGAGAUGCAAAUAUUGUACCACAGUAAAUAUGGGACCAAGUACUGAAUGUUCUGGGGAUGAAUUUCCAAGGGCGUGUCUAGAGGUGGGGCCCUCAUAUAAAUGUGGCAUCAUAUAAAACUAGAUGAACUAAUGUAUCCAUUGGUACCAACCCCGUCAUGGUAGC